CAAAUCGUUCCCCACCUCGAGCCCUGAGUGAUUUGGUCAGCACUGAGCAGUUCCAUUUUCUCGACGGGGACGCGAGGGGGGAAGGAGAAGUGCAGAACGAUCACCAGCACUCACCGAAAAUUCGCAUUUCGAUCUGUGUUUUCGCGCGCGCGUUCAGACAUUUGAUGGCUAAGCUGGUUGGUACAUCCAUCUGCCACAUUAAUCUGUCUAACGAUCUUAGGUGUUCUCAACUUCCUCCACUUGGUUUUAAGCAUUCAUCAAGAGGCUCUUGGAAUCUUUCUUUUAGUAUCUCGAGACAUCACAAAUCUCUUAAAAUAGUGGCCUCAUCGUCAAAAUCCUUAAGCAACAUGUCUACCACCCACUUUGACAAUACCCUACCUUCAAGAGAGGUUCUAGAGAUUUGGCGGAGUGCAGAUGCAGUAUGCUUUGAUGUAGAUAGUACUGUCUGCGUGGAUGAGGGUAUUGAUGAGCUUGCAGACUUUUGCGGUGCUGGGAAAGCUGUUGCAGAGUGGACAGCCAAGGCCAUGAGUGGUUCUGUUGCCUUUGAGGAUGCUCUUACUGCUAGACUAUCAUUGUUCAACCCUUCUCUGUCCCAACUCCAAGAUUUUCUGGAAAAGAGACCACCAAGGAUGUCACCAGAUAUCUCUCAUGUAGUGAGCUUGCUGAAGGCUGGUGGUACUAGUGUAUAUCUUAUAUCGGGAGGCUUUCGUCAAAUGAUCAAUCCUGUUGCAUCACAGCUUGGAAUUCCUCGUGAAAACAUCUAUGCAAAUCAAUUACUUUUUACGAGUUCUGGGGGUUUCCUUGGGUUUGACAAAGACGAGUUUACUUCAAGGAGUGGUGGGAAGGCUACAGCUGUGCAACAUAUAAGAAAGGUCCAUCACUACAAGACUUUGGUCAUGAUUGGAGAUGGAGCAACUGAUCUUGAGGCUCGGCAGCCAGGUGGCGCUGAUCUGUUUAUAUGCUAUGGAGGGGUUCAGCUGCGUGAAGCAGUCGCAGCCAAAGCUGAUUGGCUUGUUUUCGACUUCAAACAACUGCUAACUUCAUUGGAAUAACUGUCCUCCAGUCACAAGGGAAAUUUUACCACCAUUAUUUUGAUUCAAGUUUUCUUUAUAGAUAUUAUUUACAAUUCAGAAUUCAAAAUAUUUGUAUCUAAAUUGCGGUUUCUCCCAGUUUCCUUUUAUCCUGUGUGUUUGACAGUUCGAUUGAAUUUUUUCGGAGAGGGACUUCUGAAUCUUUUCUA